AUGCCGGCUGGUCGUGCUCUGUUCAGCAAGUUUCUCAGAAUCACUGCUCCCCGCUCCUCUAUAGUAGACACAGAGUAUGAUAUUGAUUCAUCUGUUAACGAAUAUAACAAUGAGGCUGUAAUUCCUGCAGUAUUACAAAUGCCAGAAAAUAUAGAUAUACAAACUACAGCAAACCAACAGUCAAAAAACGAGGAUCCUCAGACAUUAUCAACAAGAAAAAAACACACAGAGGAAGCAGGGGAAAAAGCAGUAAGCUCAAACAAAAACAAAAACAAAAGCAGUUUCAACACUCAGAAAUACCUUGCCUCCAACAAUCAUAUUACAAGGGACACAGAAAAAAUAUCCAACCAGGUCGCAAGGCCAAACAUAUCAAAAGCACAUUUAGACAAGAAUGUGAUCAACUUAUUACCAACAACUACAUUAAAAGAAUCAGAAUUAUGUCUAUUAUCCAAAGGGUUAAACUUCGUGCCAUCUACUCAUUUUAAUCUAUUUGAAACAAUAUUGGAUGUUAACAGAUUUGUCCGAAAAAUUACUUUAAAAAAAGACUUUUUUGGUAUGAAUGAACAGAUGACACAAACUAAUAACAUUGAAACUACAGGUUGUAACAACAAUGAUGAAAUACUAACGUUUUCUGAUUGGUGUGCAGUACAGGAUUUACAACAUCUGGCUAAAGAAAACGCAAAUGAGGCUAUUGACCUAAUUGAAGACAAAGAUGUAAAACAUCAAUACAAAAAAUCAAAAAGCCUGAAUUAUAGUAUAUAUGGAGCUGAAAAUUUUUACUUGUUUCGGGAUUAUGAGUCCCUCGGACCUUUUGAUGGACCUCAGUGGCCUCACGUGGCCCCUUAUACCACGUACAUGUUAGUAGCCAUGCUCAUGGGUAUUGUGGUGGCCUUGGCUUUUGUUGUCAAUGGUAUGGUUAUUAUUGUUACUAUCAGGUACAAGAAACUGAGGUCCCCUUUGAAUUAUAUCUUGGUAAACUUGGCAGUCGCAGACUUGCUGGUCACUAUCUUUGGGAGCACUGUUAGCUUCACCAACAACGUCAAUGGUUACUUCACACUAGGCAAGUCAAUGUGUGAGGUUGAAGGCUUCAUGGUGUCCCUAACAGGUAUCGUUGGCCUCUGGUCGUUGGCAAUCUUAGCUUUUGAGAGAUAUAUAGUGAUCUGCAAACCCAUGGGAGAGUUUCGUUUUCAGCAGAAACAUGCAGUAAUGGGCUGCGCAUUCACUUGGAUCUGGGCCCUCAUGUGGACAUCUCCACCUCUCAUUGGAUGGUGCAGUUAUGUCCCUGAAGGUUUGGGGACAUCUUGUGGACCCAACUGGUACACUGGAGGCGCCAAUAACAACAGCUAUAUCAUGACUUUGUUUGUCACAUGUUUUGCGAUGCCUCUGAGCAUGAUUAUCUUCUCAUACACAAGCUUGUUAAUGGCACUGAGAGCUGUUGCCGCUCAACAAAAAGAGUCGGAGACUACUCAACGAGCUGAACGUGAGGUGACAAGAAUGGUCAUUGCAAUGGUUUUGGCCUUUUUAAUCUGCUGGUUGCCAUAUGCUACAUUUGCUAUGGUAGUGGCCACAAACAAGGACAUAGUAAUCCAUCCCACUUUAGCCUCAAUGCCUUCAUAUUUUUCAAAAACAGCUACAGUCUACAACCCAAUUAUAUACAUUUUCAUGAAUAAGCAGUUCCGAAACUGUCUACUUACGCUUUUAUGUUGUGGACGCAACCCAUUUGCUGGUGAAGAAGACACCACUGCAGCCAGUGGGACAACCAAUCGUACAGACGUUAAUUCAGUUUCUGAAGGAGCAGGAAAUAAAGUUACACCAGCAUAA